GCAUUAAAUAAUAUACGCUAUUAAAAUUAAACAAACAAAAAUACAUGUUUUAUAUCGUGUAAAGCAUUUACGCGUAUAUUCUCAGGGCGAAAAGCGAAGCGAUUAAAUGUAUUUGUUCUUUAUAGCUGAACUAAGCGGAACUAGCUGCACUAGUUCAGAGUUUAUCUUUCUAUUGAUAGCAAUCGCAAACGUUCAUAUAUUGUUGCGUAUAUCAUUUAUGUAUAAAUGAGAAAUAUUAAAAUCCGAGAGAUGCUGAUUGCAAAUUUGUCAUUGUAAAUAUAUCAUCUUGAAGAGAGCGCGCUUUUUCAAUCGCUUUUUUCAUACUUGUUUAAUAUACAAAGGUGUGGCAAGUGUCGAAUCGGUAACCAACGGUUAUCGUCAUCACGAGGAAAAAGAUAAAAUCGCAGAAAAACAUUAUAUAUAUAUAAUGUUUUUCUACCAUUUUAUUUUUUUCCUCUCGACGAUAAUAAUCAUGAUAUAUAUAUUAAUUGAUAGAAUGCAGAAUCACACGAAAAUAAAGCGCUGAUGCGUUCAAGUCUUUCUCCGAAUUGCAAUUGAUGCGAGCAAGACACUCAGUUACUUAAAAUUUCUGCGGGAGAUAUUAACUUUGAUUGAUGAGAAAGAAAAAGUGAAACAGUUUUAGAUUUUAGUGAUCAUUAGCGAAGUUUCAACCAGAAAAAAAGAGUGAUUUUUUAUUCGAUCGCAAUCGGUUUAAACAGCUAGGAUUAUGCGUGUUCUGCGAUACAUUCGUUUACCACGACAGUGCGUGACCAAAAGAUAGCUGGUGUGUGCACGCAUUAGGUUUCAACCGGUAAUAGAAUUACUUUCUUUUCCCGAGGGAAUUGAUUUCUGUGCUCAGUACGCCGUACGAUGUCUCUUGACAGACAACCUCGCCAGAAACGUUUGCCAUUAGAAAGUGCCCACAGCAUGGAUCUUCUAAAUCUAAAUUUUCGCUCUCUCGAAUUGGAGGAUGUGAAAUUGUCGAAGGAAGACUUGCUACAGGUCGAGCGCGACAAUUUUGUAGAGAGAAAAGACUGCAUCGAAGAACAAAGAGGUAAGCCAAAGUCAGGCAAGGAAAAAUCGCACGACGGACUUCGAACGAUCCACUUACAUGAGGUCUCUUGGCACGAUACACUUGACAAUUGCUGGUUGGUGAUCCACGAUUAUGUAUACGAUUGCACCGACUUUCUAAAGAAUCAUCCGGGCGGCCAAGAUGUUCUCUUGGAAUAUGCUGGACGAGACGCGACUUUGGCAUUUAUCGGCACCGGACAUUCCACCGUCGCUAGAACAAUCUUAGACCGGUAUAAAAUUGGUGAACUUCCACCGGAGGAGAGGAUCUUUCGCGUUCCCAACGGCGUCAAAAUCUCGGGAUUUUGAUCUACAUACUUAAGAUUAUUGAAUCGUAUCAUCGUUGUCACGGCCAUUUUUACGCAUUCAAGUAAAUACUAUAAUGUUUAGACAUUUUACUUUGGCAACGAAAACAGGCAUAACUAACAUUUUCCAAAAUUGAACUCACUCGAAGAAAAGUAAAACAACAGUGGAACAACAUCAGAAUACAGAGUAUUUUAUAUUGAAUAUAUUAUAUAUUUUUUGAUCCUCUAACACACUUCUAAUACACGACGUACAAUGUGAGAUGAUUGGCGAUGUAGCUCGAUUUAUUAUACGCUAUCGAUAAAUCGAUAAACUUAUCGUUUCCGCAAAUCAAAAGACGAGAAUGUUUUAGUAAUUUAAUUAACAUUAUUCAAUUUCUGCAUUAAUUUUAGAUUUAUCUGGAAUUAAAUACACAAUAUACACACGUAGCAAUACUCUUUGUCACACAUAUUUACAUUUCAUUAAUUAUAAAAACAUACAUACAUUAUAAAAUAUAAAUGUUUUGCAAUUUGAAAAGAGAAAAAAAAAACAGAUGUAUAGCACUUGAUGUGAUUGAUAUUAUUAUAUCCUGUGGCAAGGGGAUGAUUUUUUCACGUCUUAAAGUCUCAGCGAUAGAAAAUUAUUACAAAAUGAAUAGAAAAAUUUUGAUUUAAGAAAUAUAUUGAAUUGAUUCUAUGUUUAUGCGUAUUGAGUUUAUGAAUUAAGAUACGCGCAAAUUAUGUAAUACAUUUAUGUAUACAUUUACCGAGUUUCAUACAUAUAUACUGUAUU